GAAAAUAAAAUGGCGGCGAUAGAUGGGAUGGGCCUCUUUUUGUGCUUUUAAAACGAAAAAAGAAAAUCCCUUUAUACUGCAUCAGAAACUUUGAUUUUACGAGUGAAACACAGAGGCCACUGCCCGGAGCAGAGGUUUUAAGUGCAGACAGCGCACCAACAGGCGGAAGACAGCAGUCUCAGUGAAGCGAAGGGAAAAGAUGAAGAGGAAUGAUUUAAGAAUGUAAUUUGAUGCAUCAAAGUGACAGAGACGGCCUUGGUGAGGAUACCAUUCUGCUGGGAGCUUCUUUAACCACAAGGCCAGGACUGUCCUCAGACUCUUUGCACAGCUCACAAACAGCCUUGACUUGGAGUGGGGCACGGACAGCUGUAGUUACACUGGAGCAUUUUAUCUGCUGCUGGCCCACAGUUUGAUAACAAUAAAGCAGGAUUCUUCCUGGACUCCUUUCCUCCAGUGUGGCUUUGCCCUUUGCCCCUCAACUCCAGUUUAUAGGGAGUGCUGGACUGUCCCUGGUCCAUGGACUUGACACCAGCUCCAGGCUUCAAAAGGAGGCCUUCUGCCUCCUCUCCCCCUCAUGGAGUUACAGAGAUUGCCAAGAGCCCUCCUCCUUUCUCCCCCUCCUCCUCGCCCUCCUCUCCUUCUUCUGAUCCCUCUUCACCUUUGUCUACUUCCUCCUCUCCCAGUGCCACAGUGACGGGCUAUCAUAAUGAUGUGAAAGGCCAUGCCCAUGGAGUGGGGGUGGCAAGGGUGUCCUCCACAUCUGUCUCCCUAGCAGCUCCAUCUAUUGCUGUACCUCUGCCCAACACCUCACCCUCUAAUCCCACCUUCCUUGUAAGAUCUGCCGAGCUGGAUACGCAAAGGGAGGUUAGAGAGAAAGAAAUCUAUGAUCCCUUCCAUCCUACUGAGGGAGAAAGGGAGAGAAGGAUGGAGGAGGACUGUGAUGGGGACAAGUAUGACCCAUUUGACCCCACUGGCUCUCCAGCAUCGGACACUGGAGAGGAAAAGGGGAUGGCAGAGAAGAGAGAUGGGAGUGGCAAGAACAGAGGGCUGAAAAGGGAGGCUGAGAGGAGAGAUGAGGAGGAGAAAGAGGAAGCCCCCCCAGAUUCCACUGACCCCCUUCCUGGACCUACAACUCCCCCUCCUACCACUCAACUCCUGCUACGGAGAAAGGUGGACCAAGACACCACCAGAAUUGGAGAGCAGAGGGAUAAUAUAGGCUCAGACCACUCUGAGAUAGAGGAGGGAGAGAUAGUUGGGGCUGUUGACAGAGAUGGGGGCAAUAAGAGAACCGCUGGUGGAAUUCUCCCUUUGACACCCAGUGCCUCUUUCUUUGGCCCGAAGCCAGAACGGAUCCUCAGAGUGUUGGAUGGGGAUGAAUUUGUGUCAGUGCGAACAGAGGGUGACUGGGUGGCGGAUGUGGAGCCUGAGGAUGAGCCUGUGGUGGUUGGGGUUGGCGACCUGAGAAGGAAACUGGUCAGCAGACGGAAGGAGAGAUAUCGCUCCUGUCCAACCUCCUCCCUCUCUCCUCAGCCUCCGCCACUUCCUUCCCUCCCACCUGCUUCUCCACCCUCUUCCCCUGUCCUGCUCCCUGUAGAACAGGGCAGCAAGAGCCACAAGUCCUCCAAGAGUUCCAAGGACCGGGACCGACACAAGCAUAAGGAUGGCAAACCCGGGGAAAAGGAAGAGAGAAAAAGGAAGAGAAGGAAAGAGAAGGAGGGAAGCCGCGAGAGAAGCAAAGACCGGGAGCGAGGACGGAAGACUGGAAAUGAGGCCAAAAGCAGGAGGAGCAGCAGAAGCAACAGCCAAAAGAGGAAGAAAAGACGAAACAGCAGCCCUGAGGCCUCACGAUCCCACAACUCCUCAGGAAGAGGUGUCCACUCUAGACGCUCCUUCUCCAGCCUGUCUGAAGAAUACCACCGGGAAAGGGAAGGAGAACAAAAGAGGGAUAGGGACAGAGAGCGAGAUAGGGACAGAGAUAGGGACAGGGACAGAGACAGAGACAGGGACAGAGAUAGGGACAGGGAAAGAGAUAGGGACAGGGAAAGAGAGAGGGACAGGGAAAGAGACAGAGUCAGAGACAGGGAUAGAAACAAAGACAGAGACCAAAAUCGAACCAGCAGCCGAAGGCGAGAUGACAGAGAUGUAGACACUAACCAUAGAAAGAGGGACAGAGAGAGCAGGCAGUAUUCAAACAGCAGAGAACGAGACAGUUCAAAAAGGUCUAAAAGAAGCAGGGAAAGAAGGGAAGACAAUAGAGAAAGACAGCACAACAGGGACCAUGAACUGCGAAGGGAUGGUCGUCCUGUCGUUCCACCGUCUAUCCAAGACCUCAACGGUUCUGACCUUUUCGCUAUAAAGCGAACAAUUACAGUCACCACUACCACAACCACCACCACUGUACCUGGCUCUCCAACACUUGCCCCAGCCUCCCCUCGAAGCCCUACACAGCAUUCUGACAAGUCACACAAGAGGAAGAAGAAGAGGAAACGGCGCUCAGUUGAAGAGGCAGAGGAUGGUGCAAGUUAUCGCAGCCAAUCACGGUCCCUCUCCCCACCAAGGUAUCAUAGCUAUGAGUCAGAUCGCUACUCAGACAAACUGGAGAUAGACAUGCUGUCUUUGGAUGGUGAGGCUUUGGACUCAGAUUAUCCCUCUUUGGAGGACACCCCACCAGCUGCCCUGCCACCAGAGCCUCCUGUCCCCAGUCCCAAGACUAAAGCCACUCCCAAAACUGGACGACAUCACCCCAAAAAGAAAUCCUAUACAGUAAAGAAAACGGGCCAGUCCGAAUCAUCCUCCUGCUCUUCCGUUCGAACCAAAAGUAAAGGCCUUUCCUCGCUGUCACCCACACAAGGUACUUCCGCCUCUGCCUCCAUCUCAUCAGCCCUCCCGUCAACCAAACGGGCCAGGAAGUUGGGAAAAGACAAAGACCGUGAAAAGGGUAGCAGAAGAGAGUCCGGUCGCUCUGGAAAAUCCAAGAAGGAGAGUGGUAGUAGUCAUAAAGGCAAGCUGCAAUCCAAAGUCUCAGUUCUGGUACGGGAGGGUGUAAGCAGCACCACGGGGGCUUCGGUUGGCUCAGGGAAGCUGGGCAUGGAGCUCCUGGGGCCAGGAAGUGCAAGUGGGGGUGCUGGGGGCUCUGUGGUGGGCGGCUCCAUUGCGGUAGUCUUCCGUAGGGACAAUGAAAGCAGGUCUCCAUUUCUCAAGCCUUGUUCAGAGCCGUUGUCACUGAGUGGACGUAGUAAGGACAUGGGUAAGGUGGGCAAGCGCAGCAGCCUGGCUGCACCCCCAUCAUCCUCAUUAACUGGUCCUGCAGCUCUGAAAUCGAAGAAGGCCAAGCCCAGCUCCACCACAUCCACCUCUUCCUCGGCUUCUUCUCCCUCAUCAUCUCUAGUUACCAAGCGCCGCCGACGGCUAGGGAAGAAGGCAAGAGAGAAAGGCAGUGCUGUGGGGUUGAUUGAUGGAGAUAGCAGCCAAUCAAAAUCCGCCUCUGAAGGCUGGUGUGGAGUCUCCUCAGAGAUUCAGUCAGGGGUUGGAGGUGGAAGCAAGUUGGUCAGUCCUCAUACCGGUCAAGCUGGUCCUGCACCAUGCUCAUCUUCCGCCUCCUCCUCUUCUUCCACCAGUGCACUGCCACCCUCCUCCUCACCACCUCACACCCCUCCUCCCUCUAUGGCUCCCUCACGGGACACCAGAGAGUCCUCUCCAGACUCUCAGACUGUAGACAGCAGCUGCAAGACUCCAGAGCCCUCUUUCCUAGCUGAAGACUGCCCGACCCAGACCAGCCCUACGCUGCCACCAUCCAGCCCAACCAGCUUAUCAACCCCCCAGGGGACUGGCCUCACCAUGCCCCUGCCUACAGCAAGCAUCAAGCCCCUCCCCCCAGAUGAUGCACCCAAAUCCUUGGCCUCGCCUCCUUGCUCCUCCUCUUCUUCAGGCUGUGGCCUUCCCUCCCUGUCACUUCCGCCAUCUUCGUCAGACCCCCCCUCCUCCUCGUCCUCGGUGUCCUCCUCAUCUGCUAGUAAGCCACCGCCUCCUCCCCCACCUCCUCCUGCAGCUCCUGCACUCCCCUGGAGUCUGCAGACUGGUGUGGACUGCACAGCUGGAGGAGUACUUGCAUUGACUGCUCUGCUUUUCAAAAUGGAGGAGGCCAAUAUCGCCAGUAGAGCCAAAGCACAAGAAUUCAUCCAAGCAACCAGCCAGAUCCUCUCUCAAGCCAAUCAGAGCCAGUCCCAGCAGCACGCUCCUUCCUCAGCGUCUUCCUCCUCUUCACAGAUCCCACCCCCUCCAUCUCUGCCUCCGCCUCCUGGACCUAGCCCUGCUCAGUUUAUUCUCCAUGGCUCACUCCCAUUGGUCGGCUGUACCAAAACGCCACCCUCUCACCUGCAUCCGUCAAUGGGUGGUGGGUGUGCACAGACACCACCACCUCCCUUACCCACGGGGCUGUCAGGGGCAACUGGCAGCUCAGAAGCUGGUUGGGACAGUGAGAGCAAAGACCCUGAUAAGUACCUGAAGAAGCUCCACACCCAGGAACGAGCAGUGGAGGAGGUGAAGCUGGCCAUUAAGCCCUACUACCAGCGCAAGGACAUCAACAAAGAUGAAUACAAAGACAUCCUGAGGAAAGCCGUACAUAAGAUCUGCCACAGCCGAACUGGAGAGAUCAACCCGGUCAAAGUCAGCAACCUGGUCAAGCUGUACGUCCAGCGCUACAAAUACUUCCGAAAACAUGGACGCAAGAUGGACGAGGAAGAGAGGGAUGAUCGAGAGCUGGGAGCUCUGCAUUCUUCUGCCUGAGGUGUUUUUUUUUAGCCCCCCUCCCAAGCCCCUCUGCACGUGAUCUGGAGUGGCGAUGCCAUCAACAGACUUUGUUUUUAUUGUUUUCAUAUCCCACCUUCUCUACGCUCUCAUGUAAUACUAUGCGAGCUCCUCCUCUCACUCCUCUCUGUGGUCUUGCUGUAAAAUAUGUCUCACGUAGAAAAAAUCAUGUCAUGUACAUGUGAGGUAUAUUAAAGGCUAAGCUGUCCAAGGGGAGAUGUGAUACAGACUUUCAAAUACCACAACAUGUUGUACAUACUGUAAUUACACUACACCAUACUUAGGCUCCCUCUCCCUGUCCCCCUCUCUCUUUGCAGACAGUAUGCAAGCUGAACUUGUCAAUAAUUUGGACAGCUGAGUACAUGACAAUGAUGGUUUAAAUAGAGAUUUGACACUUGAUCUCUGUCA